AUGUUCGCGAAGGUCUCGUACAUCUGGUUUGCUGUCUUUGCCUCUUCGGUUCUGCUAGCAGCAGCAAGCCCAAUACCCGAAGUCGGUCAGGUUUUGGCUCAGAGAGAUGCUACCCCUCCCGUUAAUGUUGAGCCACGCGUCUGCCGCUACGGCUGCGACUAA